UGGAAAAAAUAGGAAAAUGGUGAAAUUUGUUUUGGUUUCGUAUUCUUGAUCCUAUUGCACCAAAUUAUGAAUUAAACAUAAGAUAAAAACGUUGAAAAACAUAAUUUACUUAUCUUUCGCGCUUUUAGGAAUACAUUUAAAUUAACACUGCAUUGAAAAUCUAUCGCUAUCGCCUCGUUCAACUGUGCAUUAAGAAUUUAAGAUCGAUUUUGAGUAUUAUGGCUCAAGUUGAACAACCUUUAUUUAUUCUUCCCAAGAAACGAAACGGGAAAAAGCAAAAUUCAAUCGCUGGUCAUGUCGAUCACAUAAUAACUGUUCAGGGUGCCACUGAUGUUGAAGUACCAACAAAAUAUAAAAACGGGUUAUCACCUGUAUCUGAACAUGUUGCAAAUGGUAUAAUACAUUCUACUAUGGAGGGCCUCAAAUCCAAUAUGAAAAUUAAUUUACCCAUCAUCAAUGAUGUCCAUGAUGAAGAUUUGAAUGAAACAAAUGAUCAAUCUAAGUCUGUUCAGAAGAAUGGAUACCAACCUCUAACUUUAAACAGCAGCCGGGAGAUAAUCGACCUAUCGCCCAUCUAUGAAAACUCCUCAGACGCAUGCUCUAGUCAUGGAGACUUGCGUGAAGAUAAUGAAUUGCAAAAGAGUUGUAAAAUCCUUAAUUCAGAAAACAACGAAAGUUCUUGCCCAACACCCAACAGUCUAUCACAAACCUACUCGGAAAACAGUUUUGAAAUGGGCAAUAUGACAGACAGUUUGAAAAAUAGUGCAAAGAGAAAGAAAAGAGUUAACAUUGUGUCUGGAAUUACUGAGUCAGAUAACACAGAGACUGAAGUGACUGCCUUGAGAGUGGAUUCUGAAGCAUCUCUUACCCCCGAUUGCUCUCUAUCUGAGAGCAAAGACAGCUAUUUAACCAUGACAGGCACAAUUAAACGUGGAAAGAAGAAAGGUCAAAAUGUUGAUGUCAAACUCAAUAUUUCCAGAGAAGAACUUGAAAUUAUUGAAGCUUCUAUUGUAGCGGACGAAUUGAGCAAAAUGGAUGUGUCUAAAUGCUCCCUCUAUAAUGGGCCACAUAUAUUUCUUUUCAGUUUGGUGUGUGUUCCAUUUGUAGCAUGUAUAUCUGCUGCCUAUUCAUUUUAUAUAGGCACAUUGGCAUGGUAUAAUAUUUUCUCUCAGGUCACAGAGGAAUUUAGCUGCGUAAGGAAGGUGUUAUUGGCACCAAUCGUUAUUUUGUCAUAUCCAUUCUUGAUUGUCAUAUUUACAAUUGGACUCGGAUUGUAUGCAGGUAUAGUACAGUUGACUUUCAGUGGUGCAAAUUGGUGGAAAGAUGUAUGUGACUUUGAAAAGGGUUUUUAUGGUUGGCUUUGUAAUGUGUUAGGUAUGUCUGAAUGUAGUCCAUAUGAAGUAGUUGUUUUGUUGGACGUUAAGCCAUAGACCAUAAAGGGGCACUAUAAACUCUCCAUUUAUAGCUAUAGAAUAUGAUUGAUUGGUUUGGUGGAUUUUUGCAAAUAUUUGAAUACGUAACUCGCACAAACUCAGGUUAUAAUUUAAAAGGAAGGCAUAUUAAUUUACUAAAUUUAUAAAAAAAACUGAAAUGAAGCGUAGUUAAUUCUGUUUUAGUAAUUUCGUCAUACCCUUCUAUAAUAUAAGGGAAAUUUAUACAAUUAGCUAAUGAAACACUGCCAUAUUAUAUACUUAUUAAUAAAUUAGAAUUAAAAAAGAUAGGUGUAAGUGUUUACAUAUCUAGUCAGCUUUUUAAAUGUAGCGUUAUUUGUUUAAUUGAUGGUUUGGAAAAUUUGGGAGUGGAAUAAAUGGGAUCAAAAACCGAAAAGACUUAAUGGAGUGAAUUUUUGAACGUAUUUAUACUUAAUUUUAAUGUAAGGUGUACAAAAAUGUUUUAAACGGUUGAUGUAUUAGUUUGUAGACGGAAAGACUCAAAUUCUUAACUUCCUGUUUACUAUCUUCCAUAUUUUAUUAACAUACCAAAUA